UCAGUUUGAUUUUUAUCCUCACUCUAUAAACUAUUGUCUCUUCGUAUUGUUAAUACUUUUAAUUCUAACAUUAAAUUAAUAAUUUCCAUCAUUAAUUAAUUUAUCAGUGAAAAUAAAUAUCAACAUACAAAUAAAAUGAAAAAAACAAUAGGAUUUUAUUGGUUAAUGAUUACAAUAACAUCAGUUAUAUCUGUGAGUCAAUUAGGAAUAAAACCGUCAAAUAUAUUAGGGACUUCAGGACAACAUGCUAGCUUUGACUUCAUUCGGCCGGGGUUGACCCAGACGUCUUAUUCAUUCAAUGGCCCAAGUUCACAUCAAUCGUUUAGCUCAAGUAUCGGUAAUCCGCUGUUAGCCCAAAGGGUCUUGCCUAAUGUUGCUCAAGCACUAGCUUAUAGAAAUCCUGGACUAGACUAUUAUCAACAAACGCGGCCAGAGUUCUAUCAAUAUCCACAAUUUCCAGUAAAAGCAUCGUCAGAUACAGGAAUUCCUUAUCAACAAAAUUUGAUAAACAAUCAACAAUAUCAACAUCAAUUAAAUAAUUAUUUACGCCCAGACAUUUAUUACCAAAAUCAAUUAGCACAGAUGCUGUCGUUGCGUCAACCUCAAUUAACUUCUAUUGAGCAGACUCCUGAGCCAGUUCAAGUACCAAAUCAUCAAAAUUUAUUGGGCGUUGCAUAUUCACCGUCAAAUACUGUUUCUCAUGUUAAAAUAAGUGCUAAUGGUUAUAAAUAUGAUUUUUAAUUGUAAUAUUUAUCAUCAAGACUGUAUAAUAACAAUAUAAAU